AUCGCCUAUUAUUACUGUCCUUAUGCGGGAGUCACAGGUGCUAAGCAGAUGGCCUGUUACUGUAAUUUCCUUAUUUGGACAAUGCACAUUUAGCUUAUUGUUGUGUGCGUUCAAGUUAUUGUUUUACAAUGUGAUACUUGUCGCUUGCCACGUUGACAAUGGUCGAUAUUUAAUGGGAUCCUUCGUGGACCGAUCCCUUUGUCUCUGGUGGACCGAACCAUAUUUGCUCCUAGAGAGGUGUCACUCAUAAUUCUGUUAAUCCCCGCUUGGCUUCGUUUUUCACCUUUCACAGUUGUGCACAGUGCACGACUUUCCCUACCGUCACUCUUUCUUUCACGACCAACAGCACCAUUAGAGCCAACGAAAUGCAGAAUUCCUUCAUCAUCAUCCGAGCCGUAUUUUUCACCCUCAUCCUUUAUUUCAAUUUGCUAGCAACUAUAUUUGCAGGGUGGAAUAUCAUGUCCUCUACUUCUUCUGGGAUGCCAGCGCCUGGUGCAUCAGCAUUCCUUGUCGUAAACGCUGCCCUCAUAUUCGCUUUUACAAUCCUAGCAUAUUCGGCGGAGGUUAUAUGCCCGAAAGCGAGGCCUUCCCAUGUUAGAUUUGAGUGUGGCUGGACUGUACUGAUGGGCGUGCUUCAGCUAGCUGCCAGCAUUUAUGUCACGACUGCUCGUUCCCCAGCGUUUUGUCAAUCGCAAUCCACGUGGACUAUCUGCGCAUCUGCAGCACUACUUACGCCGAUCAGCUGGUUAGCUACGUCCAUCAUGCUCGUGUAUUGUGUUACGUUAUGCGUAAUGGCAGCACUCAUGUCCAUUCUUGCCUGCCCUUUGGAAAAUGCCUGUGAACGCGGUUCCUUGGUUCAACCUCGCUGA